AUGGUGAGUGAUCUGGAUCUCGUCGGGUUCUUUUACUAUCCCUCCCUCGUCUCCGUCGGCGCCGGCAUUGGUGAUGUUGGAUUCUCCGGCGGGAAGCUCGGGAGGUAUGUCUACCAACUUGAGAAAUCGGGUUGGUCUUUAUCUCCCAGCUUUUCUGGUGGUUUGCAUCCCCCUCUGGGAGACUCAUUGUCCGGCAAGCCAGAGCUGUUGGUGGAUGCACCAGAUCCUUUACUCUCCGGCGAUGUGAUGGCCACUGGCCAUCUUGAUCGGCUUGUUCCAACAAAUCUGUCUCUGCAAAAGAUGGGGAUUGAGAAGAAAUACCUGCAGUCUUCUAAUGAGGUGUUCCGGAAAAUUUUUACACUUAUGCAGAAAUGGCGUUUGUUCUUGAAGCCGGGAAAUGCUAAGUACAUGGAUGCGAAAGUUCAGAUAAUGAAGGAAUGUCUGGAGACCUUUGGGAAGCUCACAAAAAGGCAUGGAAGUUGA